AUGUCCUCAAACGUCGGUCUCUCCACACCCCGAGGCAGCGGUACAAGCGGAUAUGUCCAGCGCAACCUCUCGCACCUAAGGCCUCGCGACUACCCCCCUCCCUCCUCCGCCUCCGCUGCCGACUCUAAUACCCGUGAAUACCGCCAACGCCAGCCGGACAAAGAAAUCCUCGAACACGAUCGCAAGCGCGGUGUCGAAGUCAAAUGUUUGGAACUCCGGGAUAAGCUUGAGGACGAAGGGGUCGAUGAGGAGGAGAUUGACGAUCAGGUCGAGGUUUAUCGGAACAAGUUGUUGAAGGAGUUGGAGGGGGAGGGGGAGGGCUGGGACAAGGCUGGGGGAGGGGGGAAGAGGGGAGUGUUUAAACCUCACCAGGUUCAUGAGAUUGCGCUGGCGAAGGCUGGUGGGUUUUCUUCUCUCUUCCUUUGGGGGCGAAGACUGCUAAUAUUUGAGGGGGGAUAGUCGAGAGUGAGAGAUUGCGCAAUGCGUUGGGAAUCUCGAAGGAUUAUCGGGAGGUUUGUGGCACUCUUCCCGAUAUCACGUUAUAGACUUCCCUGGAUUGGAGGUGUUGGUUGCUGACGUGCUGGCUUUUCGUCGGGGGUAUUGUAGGGAAGUCACUGGAAGAAGCAGGAGGAGGAACGGCAGAAACGCUCGGAGGAUAGAGAGAGGGAGAUUGCGGCGGGCAGGAGGAGGAGCGCUUCACCUUCUUAGGUUUUUUCUCGUUCUCUUUCUCGUUCCCCCUUUUUCCUUUUUUUUUUGCAUUCUGUUUUCAGAUUGACCGGCAUUGGAUGGGACCGGGCUUGUUAUGAUAUGAUGCAUUACUUUUUCUCCGGCUUCAGCAUGGGAUCAGAGUAUGAAAUCGCUCUAUCCGUCUACCCGGAGAUGCCAUGGUGUAAUUCUAAUUUUUAUCGUUGGCACUACUGUACCGUACUGUCCUCCUGAACUGU